AUGUUGAUCCUGCACAUGAAGGAUGACCAGAACUGGCAUAAGGCUGAGCUUCGGUGUGCUGAAGGUUUUAUUCCCAAGAACUACAUCCGUGUCAAACCUCAUCCGUGGUACCCAGGGUGGAUUUCUCGGCAGCUGGCAGAAGACGUCCUGAAGAAGCAGAACUACCUGGGGACCUUUCUAAUCCGAGAGAGUGAGAGUUCCCCUGGGGAGUUCUCUGUCUCUGCUAACUACGGGGAUCAGGUGCAGCAUUUCAAGGUUCUACAAAAAGCCUCAGGAAAGUACUUUCUGUGGGAAGACAAGUUCAGCUCCCUCAAUGAGAUGGUUGACUUCUACCGCACCACCACCAUCACCAAGAGCCGGCAGAUCUUCCUUCAGGACAAGGAUCCCCUGCUUGAGUCCCUCCAGGCUUCCUUUGCUCAGGCUUUUGAUUUCUCAGCCCAGGACCCCUCACAGAUCAACUUCUGCCAAGGCGACAUCAUCAAGGUUCUGGAGACCCAGGACACCAACUGGUAGCAGGGUCGGCUCUGUGGGCAUGUUGGCUUCUUUCCACGGAGCUAUGUGCAACCAAUGCACUUACGGCAGAUGGGCUUCCAAGGCAGGACCAUUUCCCAGGAGAGACUGAGGCCUGGGACUGUGUGA